ACGUGGAGAAUUAUCGGAUCGGCAACGUUCGCCCUCCUAACACUUUUUAUUUUCUUCUUAGCCCCACGAGUUUCGAACUCACUAAAAUACGAGUCACGACUCACCCGAUUCCUCAUUUCAUCUCCAUCUCCUUUCCCCCUGAAAAUUUCUCGUAAAACCCUCCGUCUCGUAGGGUUCUGAUCAAUUUUUGUACGAAUCUGAACCUCUGAUUCCAGUUCGUUUUGUGAGAUCGUUGCUCUUUUUGAAGAAGGAAAGGAUGGGACAGGCAUUUCGUCGAGCAGCUGGAAGAAUCAAACCGGCUUCGAGUAUUGAUUCCACUACCGCCUCUUCGUUGAAAAUGGAAAGCAUCGUCGAUCGGAAGCCUCCGCCGCGUGUGGCCGAGAAGGCUCGGGAGAGUGGCGCUCUUGAUUCCGGUGAUGUCCCGGCAAGUGAUUCGGGAAACAUGCUUGAAGAACGAGAUCCCCAAUUUGAUGCCAUGCUUAGCCAAAUGGUGGGUCGGAUAAAAUCAAAGCCCGGAGGAAAACUUGAGAUGGGGGAGGCCUCUGUGGUGGAGAGAUACGGAAGACCAAUGCCAAAGCUAAGAGAUACAAAUAUAAGUUCAAGUAAAUACGAGGAUCGGCCAGCCCCACCAGGAACACUAAACGUAGCACAGAUGCGACAAAUAAUUCUCUUACACGAAGGUAAGGCCGAUGAUCAUGAUGGGCCAAUGGGACUUCACCAAAUUGCUGAAAGGUAUAAUGUUAGUGUUGCUCAAAUACAAACCAUUUUGCAGUUUCUGUCUCUGCCUCCAGAGGACAGUCUUAGAGACAAAAUCAAGGAUUCUUAAUUGAACAGGUUUUUAUUUAUUUUUUACUCUCUUUUUGUGUUUUGGGACUAACCAACCAUUAAGUUUAGUUUUUUAUGUACUAAAUUUUGAAUGUUAUUUUUAACACUUGGAAAUUCCGUCCAGGAAUGGAGCCAUGAAAACAACGGUAGGGGCGAUUUGCUCCUAAGAAGAAAUAAUAAAAGGUUCCAAAAGUUUUCUCAAUUAUUUUAUACCGAGUCUUUAAACUCUUGAUUUUAUGUACAUUACAGUAAGUCCUUGAAUUUUUCAAUUUUAUGUCCACUAGAGUUUUCGGCUUGUUUAA